AUGGCUGGCGAAACAGACACUCCCGAUAACACCAUGCUGCUCGCUUCAAUGAACCGCCUCCCUGACGUCGUUACCCUAAUUACACAAGUAGACAACACGACUGAGACACAGAGAAGAGACCCCAAAUACACUCUCAGCACAGAGUGGGACUGCCCUCCCGACAAACUCGCUUCUUACGACGGUGGCAUCUACUGGUACUUCUGGGCAUUAAGCUCUCCAGCGGAAUACCAACUCACAAAGCCGCCCUCCCACAACGGCUCAAACAUGCACACAGUCCAAGUCGGAUGUAGACAAUAUGCCGCCAAAAUAUCCAACCAUCCUGAGGCUAUCACGAAGGAGGUGAAAAACCAUAUAUCCGUCGUAAAGAAAAUGCGUCUCGAAUGGGACGUAGCGACACGGGACUUUUAUGAGGUACACGAAGAUGCUCCAUCACAAAGAAGCACAGGAUCAGGACGUCGUCACAAGAACAAAGGAAAGCAUCGUCCCAGGCGAUUCGAUGGGCCUGCUCAGCUCUGCAUCCCGGAUUUUGAGUCCGAGAUUAUCCAGCAUGAUCAUGAAGGACAAGAUAUCGCAACAGCAGGAUAUGUUACCAGCUUCAUUCCACCUUUCCACCCGGUCCACGUCCGCGCUCUUGUCGACACAUUUCUCGAUCCCAGUAUUCGCGAGUCAGUCAAGGAUGAUCCGAACCUGUCGAACGUCAGGUUUCGAGUCCACCUCGGCAUGAUGUCACCUCCAGAAGAACCCAUAAGUGCAAGACUCCUUUCCCGCCCCGUGUAUCUCGAUCAGCUCAUGCGUGAGGCAGAGGAACCCCUGGAAAUAUGGUGUGAGCAGAUGGGCAUAGCUCUGGCAAUCCUCCACUGGGAGUGCAGGUUAGAUGCAGCUGGCGUCAAGUUCUAUCUUGCACCUGACAAGAGAAAUCGUAUGAAGCUGUGGAUGACCAACUUUGGCGACUGCAAGCCUCUGCAAUCAGGCCAAGACGAAACAAAGGCGAUGGCCAAAGCUGUCUAUGACAACUCAGCAUGGCCGCGAUCUCCGAUAACCCGAAACAAGGCCGUUGGGGAGCAGUACUGGCUGGCGAUGUGUGCUUACGAGAGCUUCACCUUGGCGUACGCUAUGGCAAGCGAGAAGAUCUUGGCACAGAACUCGACGGAAUACGUCAAGGGCUAUCCGACCCGUUUCAUUCGCAAGCUGACGUUCAUAAGUCCAGGCACGAGUCCAGUUAUGAACGAGAUCCAGGACAAACUGAAAAGAAUAAGUCUGAAGUUCUGGAGGAGGAGGAAGGCGACAUAG